UGUCUUUAAGACGCAAUGUUUGAUGGGAUUAACAAUGUUUCCACUCUAGUGUUUAAUAUUACACUAAAAAAAACAAUUGUGUACGCCGUGCCUGCCCAUGCCAGUACUGUGGCUGCUUCCCCGGCUUCCUUUGCCAGUACUGUCGUGGAAAACGCGUUCUUUACGGUAAAGCGAGAGGCGGCGCUCCGCACACGUGGGUUCGCUUGCGUGCGGUGCAGGAGAAUGAUCGCACCCGACACUCUGAAGCCCAGCCUCCUCCGAGCUGCCUGCAUUGCUCUUGUUGUGAGUGUGUUGAUGGUCCCUCUGCUAAGGAUUGUGGGAUUGCGUGUGUUCUCCAUGGCCUCUGAAGGAUAUGCUGCUGGAACGCACUCUGCUGCAUUUGUCACCUGCCCCAACGAACAGGUGGCCAAGGAGAUUGCACGGGGGAUGGUAGAGAGGAAGCUGGCUGCGUGUGUGAACAUCGUCCCGAAGAUAACGUCUGUGUACGAAUGGCAGGGGAAGAUCGAAGAGGACAGCGAGGUCUUGAUGAUGAUUAAAACCAGAACAUCCAAAGUUCCAGCCUUGGCAGAAUAUGUCCGCUCUGUUCAUCCCUAUGAAGUGGCCGAGGUGAUCAGCCUGCCCAUCGACCAGGGGAACCCUCCUUACCUGAAGUGGCUGGGAGACUCUGUGCCGGAGUAAAGCUGCAGUGAACAGAUCCCCACAGGACCCUGCGAGGGGCGUUCUGCGUGACUCACAAAGCAUCUGCUAACAAUGAACUCAUAUUAUUGGCUUCCCCUUUUUCAAUAUCAUUUUGUUUGAUUACAUGAUGUUAAAAACAAUAUCUAAAUCCUCAAUUCUGAAAUUCUAGGUGAUGUUAAUGUUUUGGCCAUAACUGUAGUACAAACCCAUGCAUAUGUUGUUAAAGCUAACGAUAUAUUUUUAGACGCAAUAUUGUUGUUAUUUAAAAACCUGUAGUAAACAUAAAAGAGAUAUACAGCAGUCUCUUGUAAAGUCUAUUAUUUACGAUGGAAGUUUGAUUCAGUUUCCAAUAUAAACCUGUGUUAGAAAUCUGUGUUGUGUGAAAGGUGAAUAUUUCCAUUCUUUGCUCAGUCGUCAGAAAAUACUGAUAUUAUCAAUCGAUAUGAAACGUAUAGCAUUUAAUAUUUAGAGAAAAAACAUGCAUUUGAUCUCCCAAAUAAAAAUAGAUACCCUUUUAUUCCA